GCAAAGGACCGCAGUCCUAUGAAAUUUUCUUCCGCCGCCCUCUCGUCUCCCCCUCGCACCGCCGCCGCCGCCUCCCCCUUGCGCCGUCGCCGUCGCCGUCGCCGAGGGUGGGCUUCAAGGUGGACGCGGAGAAAGCGAGGAGGCGAGCUCUCCUCUCUUCCCCUCUCGCCGGCUCGCGAAUCAGUGCUGCGCGGAGAGAUGAGAUCUGACAGGAGGAAGCCGUAGGCGUUAGCUGCUACUCUGCGUUGGCGAUGUCGAGGGUUCGCGACAGGGCCGAGGACUUCAAGGAGUCCGUCCGCGUCGCCGCGCUCGGCCAUGGGUACACGGAGUCUCAGUUAGCCGCGCUCAUGUCUUCUUUCAUCAUCCGGAAGCCGCCCCCCAAAUUACCCUUUACAAAGGCUGCAAUCAAGACGCUUGAGAGUAUCAGGGAACUGGAGAAGUUUAUUGUGAAGCAUAGGAAGGACUAUGUUGACAUGCAUCGCACCACGGAGCAAGAAAGGGACAACAUUGAGCAUGAGGUCAGUGUUUUUGUAAAAGCAUGCAAGGAACAAAUAGAUAUCCUAAAGAACAGGAUCCAUGAAGAAAAAGGUGGAAGUACAAAGACAUGGCUUGGUACAAGCGAUGAGAGCUCCCGGUUGGAUUUGAUAGCUCACCAGCAUGGUGUGGUUUUGAUUUUGAGUGAGCGUCUUCACUCAGUAACUGCACAAUUUGAUCGUCUUCGGACCAUGCGUUUUCAAGAUGCUAUUAACAGAGCGAUGCCAAGAAAACGGAUUCAGAAGAAACGAGAAACCAAAGCUGCUGAACCAUCUAAGCCAAACCUUGUAUUAAAAUCUGAUGUUUCAAAGGUUGAAGAUCAGGAGGUCUCUACUGCACCACUAAGAGUUCAAGAACAACUCUUGGAUGAUGAAACAAGAGCUCUUCAGGUGGAGUUGACAAAUCUUCUUGAUGCUGUCCAAGAAACAGAGACAAAGAUGAUAGAGAUGUCAGCACUUAAUCAUCUCAUGUCAACACAUGUUCUACAACAAGCUCAGCAGAUACAGUAUUUAUAUGACCAGAAUGGAGGGGGUAUAAGAUCUUUAACUGAUGACUCGGGAGGUCCAAUUGUGCUAUAUGCCUUCUUCUCAGGCAGUUGAAGCUACAAACAAUGUGGAGCGUGGGAACAAGGAGCUAUCCCAGGCGAUCCAGCGCAACAGCAGCAGUAGAACCUUCCUCCUGCUUUUCUUCUUUGUUCUUACCUUUUCCGUCCUCUUUCUGGAUUGGUACAGCAAAUGAAGCUUAUGUAAACGCCGUGAUUUUUUUUUCUUUUCAUUCUGAAAGUGGAUCAAGUUAUCAGUGCAUCCAUGUCUCGCUAGGUUUACUGGCCUUUUACGUGCAAUGUAUUACUGCAUUCUUCA